GCACCAGCGAUUCGCGUUCGCGCCGCAUUUGAACUUCAAACGCGAGAAAAGUAGCACAGUGCGGAUAGAUACGCGGAUGCGUGGCGGCGAUUAAACGGCGUGGCGCGGAAAACAACAAUUUUUGAUUAUGUAUUUAGCAUAGAGCAAAUGGCAAAGCCAAAACAAUUUGCCCUACCUGCCAGCACCGAUCGUGACAAUGGAAUAUUCUGAAUGAAAACAGCACGCAGCAGCUCUCGGAUAAACAGAGUCUUAAAAUAAAUAUAUAAAAAUACAAGAGAAAAUAACCAUGAUGAAGAGUAUUCCGCUGCUUUGCCUGGUCUUAAUAAGACUGAGCCAUGCCACGGCUGAGAGCCAUGAAUCAACUACCACUUGGGCGACCACCAUUACCACCAAAAUCAUUCCGAUGGAUGGCUUUCGGCACACCUGCUUCGAUUGGUCAUCUGCGCCGGAGGCAGCGGGCGGAAACUGCUCCAAGUUGACCCGGAAUGGCACUCUUAAGUGCUACGGCGGAAUGAAUAACCUCGCAGCCCUGAACCACUCUGGAAAGUUGAGCAGAGCUCAGCCCGCUCUGGACAUGCUCCUCUGCGGCUGGCCAAAGGAUGGCUUCAAUCACCUGAAGGACCUGCAAAAGUUGCCCCGCCUGCGAUCGCUGACCAUCGAGUACAGUGGCUUCACCGAGUUCAAGUUCGACUUUCCCGAGAUGUCGGAGCUGCAGACCAUCAACAUUUCGUGGACGAAUCUCUCCUACAUCUCAUCCCGAACCUUCAAGCGGGUGCAUCCGCUCAAGAUUCUGGACCUGCGAUGGAACCAACUCAUCCAGCUGGAUGGACCUCUGCUGCUGCCCCGCAACUUCGAGCAGCUGUAUCUGGCGGGGAAUCCCUGGAACUGCACGCGCAACUUCAAGUGGAUGCUGUUGCAGCCGGAAAAGGGGCGACUGGUGGUCGACAGGGAUGAGCUGAUCUGCACGGAUCGCAAGUACAAGGAGCGCCAGAUGCUACUAGUCAUGCAUUAUAAAUUGGAACUGAAGAAGCAGUGCCAAUCGCACGAGGAUCUAAGGAACUGCACUUGCCUGAUGCACCACAUCUUGCCCAGAACCCACAUUCCGCUCUAUACGGUCAACUGUUCCCACUUGCAGUUCCACCGCCUUCCCGCCUUUUUGCCAGAUAACACCACCACUCUAGUCAUCAACGAUAAUAUGAUCAGUGACAUAAAUCCCCUUCGGGACAAUCCGCACUACCGCCACGUGGUCGAUAUGCAGCUGGAGAACAAUCAAGUGUCCAAUGUGGACAAUUUGGAGGACACUUACUGGCUGCAGCACUUCCGGCUGCUCAAUUUGCGGGGCAACAACCUGCGCAAGCUGCACGUAUACGCCCUGGACAAUGCCCUCGAUGACAACGAGAAUGCCAAUCUCCUCCUGCUCAGCCGGAAUCCGUGGCACUGCACCUGCAAGUUCGGGAGCAGGUUGCGCGAGUUGCUGACCAAGUACAAGGACAUUGUGAGGGAUGCGUGGAAUGUGACCUGCACCUACAUGCAGGAGGAUGAGCAGCGACUGGCCAAAGUGCUGACCCUCAGCCGGCAGGAGAUGUGCAAUGUGAGUGCGGAGAGUGGCGCACAGAUCCAUCCCAUCGACUGGCUCAACGGCGUCCUGGCCAGCCUCAUCCUGCUCAUCCUGGGCAAACUUGCCUACGAUUACUACUAUUACAAGUAUUACGGCCGAGUUCCUUGGAUUGUGAUGAAAAUGCCUUAGUCCAUAAAAGAGUUCCAACCUCGAAAGUAUUUCUCAAACACAGUCGGUUU